AUGACUUCAAAAGAAUUUAAGAGGCCCUUGAACGAGGUGCCCAAGCACAAAAAAUUGGUGAAGAAAGCCAAACCAGCCAAACCAUUCAUCAAAACCAUAUGGUUGGUAGGUCACAGCCUUACGCUUGUAAUGGGCUCUGUCUACACUUCAUAUUUUCUACUGUUCCGUUCGCACUCUUCCCGGAUUUCGUUCUACGCCUACAGAUUGUCGUUGAUGGGUGUCAUGUUGUCUUACUGCUGCACAAUCGCUUCUCAAUUCAACAAGAAGUCUCUACCUUCUUAUCGUUCCCUAUUGGGAACUCUCAACUUUCAAUACCUACUUCUUAGUGUGGUGUGGUUCUUUAACAGAGGCUCCCUCUUCAAAAUAUUCCCAUACUUGGUCGUUUCAACAAUGCAAUUGGCUUCCAAGUUCAACGUGAAACCCGUGCUCAAACUUUCAUCCAAAUUAAAAGUUAUCACUGCCUACGACGAAGUUUUCAUCUUUGUCGUGUUGCUUGUUGACGUCAUUUUCCUAAGAAGUACUUCAGGAUAUGCUUUAGUUAUUUACGCUGCCAUGUAUUGGCUAAGAGUUAUCCAGAGCGAGGAUACAAGACAUUUACUUUUCACUGUAGUUGGUAAACUAGACAGCUUCAUGUCUAAUCAGAAGAAUCCAAAGGUGGCCGAGUCGUGGUCUGUUGUUAAGAAUUUCUUGACGGCUAAAAAUGACCGUUUCCAAGCCGAAUUCCUCGCUUAG